UCAAGGUUAUCAUCGGUUAGGUAAUGUGGAAGUCACACUUCCUAGAGUCCAACAUAAUAUUUUUGGACGUUGUCCCCUCUACCAAAAUGUUGGGAGUAGUUCAAUAAUGUUUCAACAUCAGUCAGGAGGAUUCUCCUCGUGAUUAGCGGAUUUUACUGGGGAUAAUUAUUCCAACUACAUAACCUACAAGCAGCUAUCUGUAGCUGUCUUCAUGUGCAUUCCAAGUUCACGUCGAUUAUGAAGUUUUUAGGUUUUGUGGGGGUGCUUCUGGUGCUUCUGAAUGGGGUGAAAGGAGCUAAAUUACUCGGAGUUUUUCACAUGCCAUCGCCUAGUCACUACAUGUCCUGCAGUGCCCUGAUGAAAAUUCUGGCUGAGAAAGGGCAUGAUGUCACUGUUGUUGCUGCCUUUACAGAUAAAAAUCCGCCUAAAAAUUAUCAUCAGAUUCAUCUCGAUGGGUUACACGAAUUGCUUGAAGAGGGCGCGGCCAAAAUGAACUGGUUCGAGACCACACCAAACCCUGUCGUAAUGCCUGUAUUCUUCAACUUCAUGUCCAAUAACCUUAUCGAAAACACCUUCAACCACACCACUUUCAAGAAAUUCAUGAACACCAAACAAACUUUCGAUGCAGUUAUCAUUGAAGAAUUUCAAGCAGAAGCUAUAAAAUACGUCGCUCAUCAUUUCAACGCCCCUCUCAUUGUAUAUAGUGCUCUGGACGCAAACGACUGGACAAAUCCAUUCCAAGGAAACCCAGACACACCAUCCUACCACCCUAGCAUCUAUUUGUCUCAUCUAACAAACCACAUGUCUUUUAUGGAGAGGGUACAGAAUACAUUGAUGUAUGCAUAUUCCAAGAUAUUUUUCAACUUGAUAGCAUUCCCAGCCCAGAACAAACUUCUGCACAAGUAUUAUCCAGAUGCUCCAGAUCUCAAGGAUAUAGCCUACAACGUUUCCUUGGUACUUCUAAAUUCCGAUCCAAGUGUCCACGAGCCUGUUCCCAAAGUGCCAAGCAUGAUAGAUAUCGGUGGUUUCCACAUAAAGAAGCCCAAACCUCUGCCCGAAGAUCUCCAGAAAGUUCUGGAUGACGCGAAACAUGGAGUUAUCUACUUCAGCUUGGGAUCGAAUAUAAAGAGCAAGGACAUGCCUAAGCACAAACGUGAUUUCAUCCUGAAGAAGUUUUCCACGAUGAACCAAGUGAUUAUAUGGAAGUUCGAAGAUCCUGAACUACCUGGCAAACCUCGCAACGUGGUCAUCAGGAAAUGGCUGCCUCAGAAUGACAUAUUAGCACACAAAAACGUGAAAUUGUUCAUAUCGCACGGAGGUCUCUUCAGUACCAUGGAAUCAGUAUACCAUGGCAAACCUGUGAUGGCCAUAUCUGUUUUUGCAGAGCAGAAACUGAACGGAAAAAGAGCAGAAGCGAACGGACUAGCUAGGCAUGUACCUUUCAAGGAGCUCACUGAGGAAAAUUUCAGCGAACUCCUUGAUGACUUGAUGAGUAAUCCGAAGUACAGGGAGAAUGCCCAGAAAAGGUCACAAAUAAUGAGGGACAAACCCUUAGACCCUGCAGAUACUAUCAAUUAUUGGGUAGAAUACGUGAUAAGGUACCAUGGGACUCCCCAUCUAAGGGUCGCCGCUCUGGACUUAGAGUGGUACCAAUAUUUACUCAUAGAUGUUGUACUCUUCAUUCUAGCUGUAGCAGCUAUUAUCAUUGUCUCUCUGAAAUUCUUAAUCAAACGGUUAAUAAAGAGAAAGGCCCCAAAGGAGAAGAAGAAUUGAUAUUACAUUCCCAAUGGAAUAAAUGUGUUCAGAUGCCUUUUAAUUAUAAACUGAUUAUUCACGGGUACGUGAAAUAUCAUUAUUUUUAAAUUUUUUUAUGUUGAUUUUUUACUGAUAUUGAAAAAAAACUGUAUAUUGAUUCUACUCAAAGAAAAUAAAUAAUAUUUUUUAUGA